GAACUGUAAAUUGUGGGACUGACUUUAUUAAAUGAUCCAAUCUCUCUUUGGUGGAACGAACACCUUUGAUACCUUCAAGCAUGAAGAUAAUAUAUAAACAUUGGAUUCAGUGUAUAUUCUGCUCUGAUUUCGUGUGAAUGACAUUUUUUAUUUUUUGCUUUGAUUUUUUUUCGUGAAAUCUGCAGGUUACUUGAUUUCCCAAAGCAAAUCCCUGAAAGAUGCACUGGGGCUAGAGUGAUCCCACCUUCUGCCCACCACUAGGCAUCAAUUAUGAGAUUCUCACAUCUAAUCCCUUAGAUGUUGUGCCUAUCAACGACCUAACAAGCGUACACCUCCCUUCAAUUAGUCCAAUCUAUCCAUUUUUAAUCCCUAUUUUAUUUCAUGGAAUUCAGAUUUUCAACAGGAAUUUAAUGAGACGGCAAGACUAAAGACGGCAAGACUAAAAGCUCCAACAUUCAACCCCUUCGGAGUCCAAACUGUAAAGGGUUUCCAAUUGAGUAAGUGGGGGUACAAGGGUCCCACCCCCAUGGCCCCCAAGAUGGUCCUACUAAGGAGGGGCUUGUCUGCUGUUGGCCACCCCGUUGGGUAGCACAGAGAAGGACGAUUACAGUAUUUUUGGUUCAAUGGAUCAUCCAUUAUCUAACGUAGGGUUGACAUCAAUUUAUGCCCCCAAAGCCUUUACCCCAUCUCAAAAGCCACAAAAUUUCACAAAUUAUCCUUAGGUUUCUCAGGAAACUUCAAGAUCAGCAAAGAUGCCCUGUCUUGGGGCAGGCAUCGAUCGAGCCAAGACAGACCCCAGGUCUCGAUCUUUACUGGACAGUGGUCGAACCUACACGGGGACUGGGUCUUAAUCCACCAUGUGAUAUUGCCCACUACAAUACGGAUAUCACCAUUCUAGUGAGAACACAAUGGCAGUUUCAAACUUUCAGCUGCGGCCCGUUAUUAUAAGAUAUUAUCUGCAAAGUUUCAAAGCCGUAGGUAAGGGUAAAGUUGAAGGAAACUAUGAUAGCGAUACAUAUAUCCUAUUCCUUUUAGCUUUGCCCUUUACCUUCAUUUUCUGUAUUCUGUUGUUCAUACAGAAACUUUUUGUAACAUAUUGAAAGGCGUAUAAUCUAGUGUUUGACUAAAUUAAUGUUUGAGUGUAAAUAAUAAAUGGAGUAGCAAUGAUGAGUGAGAGGGGCGCAAGUGGGCACAGGCUAAGCACGUGGGUGCUGCCUUUCUCAUUGCACGCUGGCAUGGCAUGGUCAUAAGACUCAUUGGCAAAAUCCCCUUCAACCCUCAUGCCUUCAAUCCAUAUAUUCUUUUCGAUGUAAAAAAAAAAAAAAAAAAGAGAGUUAAAUAUAUAUUAUACACAAGAAAAGAAGGGGAAAACAAAAAAGAGAGCAUAUGUUUCAUAUAAGUUCUGGUUGAAUUUUUCGGAUUGGCAGGGUUUCAAAAUCGUUAGAUAUUCAGUUUGUUGUCCAAAAACUAUGCUUUGUUUGACUGCGUAGAGUUGAACUCAACAUUUGAGAACUGGGUGGUCUUGUCUGUUGGGUUGUCUGGAGAACUUCUUUUGAUUGCUGUUGGAGAAGAAGCUUUUUAUGACUUUCGGUGCACCUAAAGACAGGGUUCUAUCAUUUCAUCAUGUUAAGGUGAAUACAAAGGGCCAAGGAACAAAGAAAUAAACAAUAACAAAAUUCAGACAUGAAGUUUAUGAAACUCGGAUCUCGGCCUGACACCUUCUACACUGCCGAGUCUGUAAGGACUGUUUCUUCCGAAGUCUCUAGUGACCUUAUAAUUGAAGUAAAAGGAUGUAAAUAUCUGCUUCACAAGUUUCCUCUGUUGUCAAAGUGUUUGAGGUUGCAAAGAAUAUGCUGUGAAUCCCCUGAAACAUCACAACACCAAAUAAUCCAAUUACCUGAUUUCCCUGGUGGAAUCGAGGCGUUCGAGCUUUGUGCUAAGUUCUGUUAUGGUAUCACAAUCACUCUCAGUGCGUAUAACAUUGUAGCUGCACAAUGUGCAGCCGAGUAUUUGCAGAUGACUGAAGAUGUUGAGAAGGGGAACUUGAUUUACAAGCUCGAAGUUUUCUUCAACUCCUGCAUCUUACAAGGGUGGAGAGACUCUAUCGUGACAUUACAAAGCACCAAAGCAUUUCCCUUAUGGUCUGAAGACCUUGGAAUUACGAGCAGAUGCAUUGAAUCAAUUGCAUCAAAAGUUUUAACACACCCUUCAAAGGUGAGCUUGUCGCAUAGUCAUUCGAGAAGGGUUAGGGAUGAUAUAUCUUGUAAUGGAGCCGAGAGCCAGCGGCAUAAAUCGACAACCAAAGGUUGGUGGGCUGAGGACAUGGCUGAGUUAGGUAUAGACCUCUAUUGGAGAGCCAUGAUAGCUAUUAAAUCUGGUGGGAAAAUACCCUCUAAUCUCAUUGGACAAGCAUUGCAAAUAUAUGCAUCUCGAUGGCUGCCAAACAUUUCACGACAAGUGAAGGCUAACCAAGGAGCUACAUCGGACUCGGAUUCAGAGUCAACUGGCGAGAUUUCUUCAAAGCACUGGCUGCUGUUGGAAUCAAUAGUGAGCUUACUCCCAUCAGAUAAAGGCGAUGUUUCUUGCAGUUUUCUGCUUAAGCUCUUGAAAGCAGCCAACAUUCUUAAUGCUUCAUCUUCUUCAAAGAUGGAACUGGCUAGAAGAGUAGCGCUUCAGUUAGAGGAGGCAAGAGUUAGUGAUCUGUUAAUACCCUCUCUAUCAUACUCGAGCGACACCCUUUAUGACGUUGACAUUGUCCUCACCAUAUUGGAAGAAUUCAUGUUACAAGGACAGAGUCCUCCAACCAGCCCUCCCAGAUCUCGGCUGGGGUUUGAAAGGAGGAGAAGGUCCCGUUCGGCUGAGAAUAUUGAUUUCGAGUUUCAAGAAAGUAGGAGGUCUUCUUCAGCAUCACACAGUUCCAAACUAAAAGUUGCCAAAAUCAUGGAUGGCUAUCUUCAAGAGAUUGCCAGAGACAUAAACUUACCUCUGUCCAAAUUCAUUGCAAUAGCUGAGAAAACUCCGGAUUUCUCACGACUUGACCACGAUGAUCUCUACCGAGCUAUUGACAUUUAUCUCAAGGCACACCCGGACCUAAAUAAGAGCGAAAGGAAAAAGUUGUGUCGCAUUCUUGACUGCAAAAAGCUCUCUGUUGAGGCCUGCAUGCAUACUGCACAAAAUGAAAAACUUCCUCUUAGAGUGGUGGUACAAGUUCUCUUCUUUGAGCAAGCUCGAGCUGCUAUGGCGGGGGGCAAAGUAGCUGAGCUCCCUAGCAACAUCAAGGCACUUUUAGCUGCGCACAACAUUGAUCCAUCGAGACCUCCUGGGACCUUAAGCACUACUACUAGCAUUCGAGGUGAUGAUCAAUGGAGCGUCUCAGGCCUUAAAUCACCCAAGUCUAGAACUUCGACACUAAGGAUGAAGCUUGCUGAAGAUGAUUUCGAUGAGUAUGAUAUGAAUCCGGAUGGAUUGGGAAGAUCUUCUAAGUUCAAGGCUUUCUGUGCUUUACCUACGGGACCUAAAAAAAUGUUCAGUAAGUUGUUGUCAAUCAAUAGGAGUGGCAGUGAAAAGAACUGAGUGGUUUUUGUUGAUUUCCAUGUCGGGGAUGGUAAAUUUUAAGGGUAAUGUAUACUCUUUCUUUUGAGUAACGCCUUGUUAUUUUAGCUUAGAAUGUCAACAAAGAUUUCGGGCUUAACCUAGUUGAUUAAUGCAGAAAAUUUUAAAAACUUACAUCCUACAAUUUUAAUUUGGACUGGAAAUUCUAGUUGUAAUCUUCUGCAGAAGUGAAAGGAUGCAGCGCUGUUCUCAUUGUCUUACAA